UAGCUUUAGGACGCCCCGUAAUGAGAAGUUCAACGGCAGGUUGCACUGGGACAGCAGCACUGGACUCUUCUCCCUCUCUGGGCUGAAGAUGGAGGACAUUGGAGAGUAUAAAGUACAAAAUACAGACCAGAACAUAAAUACCGUCUUCCAGCUGAAUGUGUACAUUCCUGUAUCAAAGCCCCAUGUCAGCGUCACUCGUGAUGAGUACCCCUGCAAAUUAAUGUGCACCGUGGAGAGAGGAACAGAAGUAACCCUGUCCUGGUACAGAGAGGGUGAGGAGGAGAGCUACGGCAGCUACCCUGUACGCAAUGCCCCACACCUAGAUCUGCCUCAGACUGUGGAUAAGGGCGGAAUCUACACCUGUGAGGCCAAUAACUCAGUCAGCAGAGAGACAUCAGACCCUCUCACUGUAGGGGCCCACUGCACAGCAGUGAGUGUGUUUGGCCAGUCUGUGGAGCUGCACGGCAUUCUGGGACAGAGUGUGAAGUUCCCAGCUGCAGUGAAAAAGGGCGGGAGUUUGAUGCACAGCGGUGUCACCAUUGGAGACGUGACUAAUGGUAAAUUUACAACGCCCCCAAAUGAGAGGUUCAACGGCAGGUUGCACUGGGACAGCAGCACUGGACUCUUCUCCCUCUCUGGGCUGAAGAUGGAGGACAUUGGAGAGUAUAAAGUACAGAAUACAGACCAGAACAUAAAUACCGUCUUCCAGCUGAAUGUGUACAUUCCUGUCUCAAAACCCCAUAUCACCAUCACUCAUAAUGAGUACCCCUGCACUAUAGUGUGCACUGUGGAGAGAGGGACAGGAGUGAUCCUGUCCUGGUACAGAGAGGGUGAGAAGAGGUACGGCAGCUCUGAUUCUCUUGAUGCCCCGUAUCUGAAACUACCCCAGACUGUGGAGACACACGGUAUCUACAUCUGUGAGGCGAGGAACUCAGUCAGUAAUGAGACAUCAGACCCUCUCACUGUGGGGGCCCACUGCACAGCUACUGGACCUCCUGCUAUUGGGGCAAACGCCAGUCCUUCAGGUUCCAGCACAGGGAUAAUAGUUGCCAGUGUUAUCGCUGUUGUUGCUGUCCUCAUUGCAGCUGUCUUUGCUGUUCUGUAUUGCCGUAAGUAUCAGUCACACUGCUUUGAGCUCUGGCAGUAAUAAACAUGGUCUGUGAAGCAGCUCCAUUAGAGGUGAGAUGAGGAGAUACAUCAGCAGAUACAGUGGAUGAAAGCAUAAUGCCAUUCAGUAGCGCUCAGAAUUUUAGGACAUCUGUUGCACUUUCCACCUCGGGUCCUAAUUCAGAGACACUUCAUAAUAUGAGAUGCCGUAUUUUAUGGUAUUCUUUUGUAAAAAUGUUUCA